CUCGGGCCCUUCACUUUCGGGUUCUCCUUCCCCAGAUGAACAGAACCAAGAACAGCCUGGGGACGGCCGGCCGAGCCACCAGCCCUUCCUUCUCCAUUCUAGAUCCAGGGGAAACCAAGAUUCCAUUGAGUAGACCCCGUGCACAAUAAGCUACUUUAAAGACGGAGGCUGUACAGGGAGCUCCCUCUGGAAGGCAUCGAGCCCCCCAGCGGCAGCUGCUGUCCAGAAACUGGCCUUAACCCUCCUGCACUAUUCAUCGAUUUCUAAACAGAGAGAGACAGCCAGCAAGCGAGGGAACACAAGCAGGGGGAGUGGGAGAGGAAGAAGCAGGCUCCCAGCGGAAAAGCCUGAUGCGGGACUCGAUCGCAGAACUCCAGGAUCACACCCUGAGCCGAAGGCAGACGCUCAACGACUGAGCCCCCCAGGCGCCCCAGGAUGAAGAUUAUCUAAGAAGGCCCCCCUGGAAUAAACCCAGGCCCGCCCUGGCCAAGGAGACGCUGACUCUCUCUCUCCCUCACUGCUUGUCCCAAUAGGUACUCGGGCUUCACGCUCAUUUCCGAGUUAGUGUCUACAAUUGGAACCCACUGUCUCUGGUUGGUCUACCUCAGGACGGGGACUUUACAGAAUAUUCCCCAACAGCGGCCAAAACUCCCUUUGUUUCGGGCACAUUCCCUGUCUUCUCUGGCCUGGCAUGGACUGCCUAAUUUCACUUUGGGGGAGAAACAAAUUAGCAUAAGCCUGCGGCUGCUCAUCUUCCGGAGCUGACAAGGUUUAGGACCGGAAACCUUCUUUUUCUGCCUCCUCCCGCCUCCUCUUCCUGUUUCUGCGCCAUCUUGGGUGCAGCUGGCCUGUGGACACCGUUCACUUCAGAUUUCCCACCAGUGUCUCAGGUAAAAAUCAACAAUGGGAAACAAACUGAUUGGCUUCUAAAAAAGAAUCCAGGGUUAAUAGAGACGUAGCAGGGGAUAAACAGAGCGGCUGAUAAAUGGAAAAAGAUACAUUUAAGGACGAGAUCCAGGAGAUGUCCUCUGACAGAGUCAGGAGUAGCUCUCUGACAUGGAGAUGGCUGUGUGGGUGCUGCUGCAGGGCCCGCAGAGUGAAAUGGUCCUCAGAGCCCAUCAACUCAUCAGGUCAAACGUUGACGGUCUUUUACUCUUCUCGGGGCACAAGCUGUCUAACGUCUGAUAGUGGGUAUUGCAGUACUUUUAAGACGUCGUCAGAAGUAAGCUCCCGGCUUUGGUUUUCCCCAGAAUAUGAAGAAGUGGUAACAGUAGAGCCCACACCAUACAUCACUGCUCCUGGACCUUGGUCCGGUAAAGAAGCUGUUUCCAAGGCCCCAGACAGUACCGAAACGGAACAGCAGGAAUCUUCACAGACACAAGAAUCAGAAGAGACUUGGUCAGAGGAGAAGACACUAGUGCCCCUCUGGGCUCCGACACUUUCUUCCCUGGCUGUACCAGCUUGUCAAAGUAACCAGUUUCUGGGACCUGAAGGACAUGUGGGUAUUGAGGUGAUUGAUAAGAGUGCAAACAGAUACAGUGUCCACUUCCCCAUGGCUGGCUUCUAUCUUUGGCCAGUGACAGGCCUUGGCUUCUUGGUAACAGCGCCAGUGACCGUGAGGAUUGCGUUCGAUUCUUGGGGUCAGCACCUGGACCUGAAGUUACAGCACGAGAAGCAGUGGGUGGUGGCAGGCCCUUUGUUUGAUGUCUCUGUGGAGCCCGAGGGGGUCAUCACUGAAAUCCACCUCCCCCACAUCAUCUCCCUCCCAGCAAAUGAGGUCGAUAUCUCUUGGUUCCACGUUGCUCAUUUUAAGGAUGAAGGGAUGGUCCUAGAGCGGCCAGCCCGAGUGGAGCCUUUCUAUGCCGUCCUGGAAAACCCCAGCUUCUCUCUGAUGGGGAUCCUGCUGAGAAUCGUCAGUGGGACUGGUGUCUCGGUCCCCAUCACUUCCACGACACUGAUCUAUUAUCACUUCCACCCUGAAGAUACUAAAUUUCACUUGUACCUGAUCCCCAGUGACUCCUCGCUAAUAAAGGCCGUAGAUGAUGAGGAAGCUAAGUUUUGUGGUGUGCGUCUGCAAACCUCACCCCCGGUGGACCCCCUGAAUUUUGGUUCCCGUUAUAUCGUGUCCGGUUCGGCUCACCUGGAAAUAAUGCCCCAGGAGUUGAAAUUAUCCUACAGGAGUCCUGGAGAAAUCCAGGUAUUCUCUAAAGUCUUUGCUGGGAGGAUAGAGGAACCAAUCGUACUUGAAGUUACCGAAAAAAGACACAAGACUUUAGUUUGGCGCACUUUGGUGAAGCCAGUGGAGCUCCAGUUUCAGGCAGCAUCAGCCCCUCCUACUCUCUCAGUUGUGGCCUUUAUGAAGGAGCACCGCCGGCACCUGCAAGCCAGGCUGGGGGACCUGAACGGCAUACUGGAUGAUCUUCAGGACAGUGAGGUCCUCACCGAGGAGGAGAAGGAGCUGGUGCAACAGUCGCCGACACAGCAGAGGAAGAAUGAGACCCUGCUGAGGAUGGUGGAGAGGAAAGGGCCCCAGGCCCUGGAGAUACUCUUCAAAAGCCUGAAUCAAAGAGAUCCUUACCUGAUGUCCUACCUUAGGCAGCAGAGUUUAUAGCAGUGACUCAGGACGAUACUCAGGAAGAGAGAAUCCAGUGUUCUCCAUUGGAAAUGCAUAAACGGGAGCUGGGGUGGCUCAGCCGGUUAAGCAUCUGACUUUUUUUUUUUAAGAUUUCAUUUAUUUAUGUGACAGAGAGACAGCCAGUGAGAGAGGGAACACAGCAGGGUAGUGGGAGAGGAAGAAUCAGGC